AUGGUUCUUGGACCACUUGAGUUUGUUAUUGGCGGAGUUUCAGCUUGCGGGGCUGGUUUUUUCACAAAUCCUCUUGAAGUUGCUAAAACAAGAAUGCAGCUGCAGGGAGAAUUGAUGGCUCGAGGCAAUUAUCAGGUUCAUUACAAAAAUGUGGUUCAUGCAUUUUAUGUAAUUGCAAAAAAGGAUGGCAUUUUAGCCCUACAAAAUGGCUUAGUUCCAGCUUUAUGGUACCAACUUUUUAUGAAUGGUAUUCGACUUGGUGUGUAUGAAACAUUAGAUAAUUGGGGAUUUAUAAGAUUGAAUGGCGAACAAGUAUCACCUUUUCGUUCAGUUAUUGCUGCUGGGCUGUCAGGAUGUGUUGGAGCAUUUGUUGGAAGUCCAUUUUUCAUGGUAAAAAUACAAUUGCAAUCAAUGGCAGUAAAAGAUAUAGCUGUUGGUCACCAGCACUGUCACCACAGCAUGAGAGAGGCUAUCAACACAAUAUACAAGCAGCAUGGGUUAUUUGGAUUGUGGCGAGGUGUUUCUUCUUCAGUUCCUAGGGUUAUGGUGGGAUCCGCAACUCAACUCACUACAUUUUCUUUCUUCAAACAAAAGAUAGUUGAUGCUAAAAUAUUCAAAUCACCUCAUGACUGGAAGAAUGGAUUCACAGCAAGCAUGAUCAGUGGGCUUGUUGUUGUAUUUUUUAUGACGCCAUUUGACGUGGUGUCAACACGUGUGUACAAUCAAGGAGUUUGCCCAGAAGGAAAAGGCAUGUUUUACAAUGGAGUCGUUGACUGUUUCAUCAAAGUUUUCAAAUCAGAGGGGCUUUGGGGGUUUUAUAAGGGUUGGGGUGCAUCAUUGUUUCGCGUGGGGCCCCAUACCGUUUUAACGCUAUUGUUUUGGGACCAACUAAAGCAAGCUUGCAGAAACCUCCACAUUGACCACAAACUCAAUUAA